CCGUCCUGCUCGUCCUGCUGGUCCUCGUCCUGCUGCGGCCAUGAGCGAGCCCCGCGGCGGCCUCUCGUGAGCAGGUCUUUUGCCUACCAGGCAGUGGCGGCAGCAGUGGCGGCGGCAGGAGGGACGCGGAGCAUCCUCAAGUGUCGCUGCCCGCAGUCUCAGCCAAUCCAAUGCACCCUGACAAUAAACUGACCAGCCAUGGCAAGACAGGCAGCGGCAGCGGCCAGCCCCAGCACCACAAUGUGAGCCAAAGCCCCACCUGCAACCUGGGCACGAAGGGCGUGGGGGCAGGGAGCCAUGGUGGCAAAGUGGGCCCGCCCGCCCCUGGCAACACGGGGCUGAAGAGCAGCCAGGCGCCCGUGCCCGCCUUUGGGGCCUUGAAGGGCAAAGUGAAGCGGGAGCGGAGCGUCUCCGUGGACUCGGGAGAGCGGCGGGAGGCCAACGCGGCCUUGCUGGACAAGGAGCUGAAAGGCGAAGCGGCCCCCCGGAGCAAGCGGCGCUGCGUGCUGGAGAGGAAGCAGCCCUACAGCGGUGACGAGUGGUGCUCCGGACCAGACAGCGAGGACGACGAGAAGCCUCUUGGCAGCGGCCACAAUUGUAAUGCAGCAGAGUCGGCAAUGACCACGGCCUCCCAGCUGGGCCCAGGAUCCAACCCCCUUCCAGCCCUGAGCGAGAACAAUGCGUCCUGCACGCCCCAUGGCGCAGCCCCCGGCCUGAGGUCCGACGCAGGGAACGGCUCAGGCAAGCAGCCCUUGCAGCUCGUCUAUGUCUUCACCACGCACCUCGCCAACACGGCUGCAGAGGCUGUCCUUCAAGGCCGAGCGGACUCCAUCCUGGGCUACCACCAGCAGCAUGUGCCCCGGGCCAAGCUGGACCAGACCCCCGUUCCAAAGACCCAAGGCGCUCCGGAGCCGCUGCCGAUGGCCCCCUCGCCCGCCAGCACCCCCCAGGCUCAGCCACCCCUGCCGCCCAGCAGCCAGCCCCAGGGCCAGCCUCCGCCGGCUGCCCCGCCGGCUGCUCCGCCCGCGCUGGGGCUCGGCCAGGGGCCACUGCCUUCGGCCGGAGCCCUGCCCCAGGAGGGGCCUCCCGAGGACAGCCGCCGGGACCUGACGCCCAACUCGGUGGGGAACGGCAGCAGCAGCACCGCCCCCGGCGGCACCCACCCCAGCACGCCCACCGGCCCCAGCUCUUUGCCUGCCAGCGCCGCAGAGGGCUUGCUGGGGGAAGGGGCCGGGGCAGGGGGCCCCUCUGCGGGGAACGGGCCCCGCCACCCCCUCAACACGGAGGGCCUCUCCAAGGAGCAGCUGGAGCACCGGGAGCGGUCGCUGCAGACCCUGCGGGACAUCGAGCGCCUGCUCCUGCGCAGCAGCGGGGCCGAGCCCUUCCUCAAGGGGGGGCCGGGGGCCGGGGAGGGAGGGGUCCUGCCUCCGCAGGCCCCUCCCCCCCAGCUCCCGCAGGCCCCUCCCCCCGGGGCCGGCCUGAAGAAGUACGAGGAGCCCUUGCAGUCCAUGAUCUCGCAGACUCAGAGCCUGGGGGGGGCCGGCCUGGAGCCGGAGGGGCCGGUGCCCCCCGGGGUGGACAUGGGGCAGCAGAUGAACAUGAUGAUGCAGCGGCUGGGCCAGGACAGCCUGACCCCGGAGCAGGUGGCCUGGCGCAAGCUGCAGGAGGAGUACUACGAGGAGAAGCGCCGCAAGGAGGAGCAGGGGGGCGUGCACGGCGGCCGGCCCCUGCAGGACGUGAUGCUGCCCCAGCCCAUGGGCGGCCUGAUGCUGCGCGGGCCCCCGCCGCCCUACCACAGCAAGCCCGGCGAGCCCUGGCUCCUGCGGGGGGUGCCCGUGGAGGUGCAGGAGCAGCUGCAGCAGCUGCGGCCCUCCUUCACCGGGGGGCGCUUCCCGGGGAGCCCGGUGCAGGUGCAGGUGCAGCAGCAGCAGCAGCAGCGGGGGGGCGGCGGCUUCGGGGCGAUGCAGACCUUGCCCCUGGAGUCGCUGGGCCCCAUGAGCGCCAUGCAGCGCCCCGUCCGGCCCGGCAUGGCCUGGAGCGAGGAGAUGCCCAUGGGCCCCCCGGGCAACUUUGGCCCCGGCCACCUGCCCUACCCGCCGCUGGGGCCGGGCGAGGGCGAGCGUUUCCUGGCGCCUCGGGCGCGGGAGGAGAUGCUGCGGCACCAGGUGCUGGAGAAGCGGCAGGCCGGGAUGCCGCGGCCCCUGGGCAUGGAAGUGGAGCGCAUGAUGCAGGCGCACCGGCAAGCGGAGCCGGCCCUCUUUGCCGGGGAGGGGCUGGGCCUGGACUUUGGCGGCUCGCGGGCCAUGCUGAGCCCCCCCCUGCGGGACAUGGAGCCGGGCUUGGGGCCUCCCGGGGGCAACCUCAACAUGAACAUGAACGUCAACAUGAACAUGAACAUGAACCUCAACGUGCAGAUGACGCCGCAGCAGCAGCAGAUGCUGAUGUCGCAGAAGAUGCGCGGGCCGGAGCUGAUGGCCUCUGAGGAGAUGGCCCGGGUGCGCGCCCCCAACGGCAACGGUGCCAUGAUGGGCGGCCCCCAGAAAAUGAUGAUGGGCUCGCCGUUCCCCGGCCAGGGGGGGCCGCCGCCGCCCCAGCACCCGCAGCAGCAGCAGCAGCCGCCGCCGGGCUUCCCGGCCAUGCAGGGCCCGUACCCCGCUGGGCCCCAGGAGAUGGGCGGCGCGCCGGACAUGUUUGGCCCAGAGCAGGGCGUCCUGGGCCACACCACGCGGCUCAGCCACAUCCCCCUGCCCCCCAGCACCAGCGCCCCAUCCACGAACAUGCACCAAGCCCCUGGACGGGGCCUGGGCCGGCGCCCUUCCGACCUGGCCCUCAACAUGGGGCCGAUGAACUCCCCCGGCGUGGGCCGCCUCAAGUCUCCGACGCUGAGCCAGGUCCACUCUCCGCUGGGCACGUCGCCUUCCGCCAACCUCAAGUCCCCGCAGACGCCCUCGGCCAUGGUCAGCCUGCCUGCCGCCGGCGCCACCGGCGCCCCCCUCAAAUCCCCCCAGGUCCUCAGCUCCGUGCUCAGCGUCCGCUCCCCGACCAGCUCGCCAGGCCACCUCAAGUCCCCAUCACUGGCCGUGUCCUCUCCAGGGUGGGCUCCGUCGCCCAAGAACGCGCUUCCCAGCCCCGGCCUGGCCCAGAGCAAGCCAGCCCUCGGCAUGAGCAACUCCACGGCCCUGGGCGGCAUUGAGCAAGAUCCACCCCCAUCCCAGAACCCCUUGUCACUCAUGAUGUCCCAGAUGUCCAAGUACGCCAUGCCCAGCUCCACCCCGCUCUACCACAACGCCAUCAAGACCAUCGCCACGUCGGACGACGAGCUGCUCCCAGACAGGCCAAUGCUUCCGCCUGGCGCCAUGUCUGGCAUGGGAGGGAACCAGCCCGGCCAGAUGCACAUGAACUCUGUGGGGCCCGGCCCGGCCCAGAGCCCCAUGGGCAUGAACCUUCCUGGACAGCAGCCGCUCUCACACGAGCCCCCAGCACCCACGAUGUCCUCGCCAAGCCCCCUGGGUGCCAACCUCCCCAUGCACGGCAGCGCAGCUCCGCAGAACCCCAUGAUGCUGGCCCCUGGCCCCCAGGACCCCCUCAGCCAGCCCUGCGGCCCCCCUGGCCAGCUGGUGUUCCCACCCCGCCUCCAGCAGCCCCCCAGCAACGGCGGCAGCAUGCCCAUGGGGCCUGGGGGGCCCAGCUUGCAACAGCACUACCCGCCUGGCUUGGGCCUGCCCCCAGAGGAGCUGCAGCCACCCCCGCCCCCGGGCCCGUUGCCUCCGCAGCAGCAGCAGCAGCAGCAGCAGCGCAUGGCCGCGAGGAUGGCCGACCCCUACCCGUCGGUGCUCCCCGGGGUGGCUUCGGUGCUCAACGACCCCGAGCUGAGCGACGUGAUCCGCCCCACCCCCACCGGGAUCCCCGAGUUCGACCUGUCGCGCAUCAUCCCGUCCGAGAAGCCCAGCAGCACGCUGCAGUACUUCCCCAAGGGCGAGGGCCAGGUGGCCAAGGCCCAGCCCCCGUCCAACCUGCACCUCCUGAACCUGCAGAACAUGAUGGCGGAGCAGGGCCCGGCCCGGCCCGGCCCCCAGGGCAUGCAGCGCGGCAUGGCCCUGUGCCACCCGGGGCAGGUGCCCGUGCUGGGCAGGACAGGCCUGGCGCCCCAGCAAGGCAUGAUGGGCGCCGGCGUGCACCAGGGCAUGAUGCUGCCCCAGCAGAGCCUCAUGGCCCAGCAGAACUUCCUGCUCAUGCAGGCCAAGCAGCGCAGCAUGUCCGUGUCGGGGGAGAUGUACGCGCAGCCCGGCCACAUGCUCUCCCCGCAGGGCUCGCUCAUGGGCCCCCCGGGGCCCCAGCAGAACCUCAUGGUCUCGCACCCCUUGCGCCAGCGCAGCGUGUCCCUGGACAGCCAGAUGGGCUACGGGCCAGGAGCGGGCGGCAUGGCCAACCUGCCCUUCUGAGGAGGAGGAGGAGGAGGCCGCCGGCGGACCCUGGUGCGACAGGAGGGACGGACAGACGGACGCCAGCCCGCUUCUCUGCCCUGACACCGAGUUUGGCUUGGAUCUUUCCUCUGAGUGUGAAUUCUUUCUUUCGUCCUUUCUUUCUCUCGCUCCUUUUGUUUAAGGCAACCAAAAUGUGCAAGAGGGUUUGGAACAGCUGUAAAUAGGUUAGGGGGGGAGCAACAGCAAAGAUUUUUGCUGGCUUGGAAUUGUUUGUAUUUCUGUGUUUUAAUAGAAGCCUCAAAACCUGUUUUUGGAAGAAACAAACACAAAUGCAGCCCAUUGGCAAAGUCUAGCUCAGUGUGGCCUGGGCAUCCCGCCGGGCGGGUCCGGCAGCCCCAGUCGCGCGCUUGGCCCGGCGUGCCCUUCCAGGGCCGGACUCCCUCCGCUGGGCACCAGCCCGGCAGCUCUGCGACAUGGCGGCCAGUAGGCGGCCUGAGGGAUGCACCCUCUGCCCUCGCAGAAGGGAAGGCAUCCUUUGGCUGGCGGGAAUUCGGCCCAGUCAAGCACCGCUGCCCCCCCCUUUUGCUCAAAGAGGGCCACUGCAUUCAGACAGGGCUUGAAGUGGAGACUCAUCUGUUCCCCACCCCACUCCCUCCCAGGGCAUUGGGGGGGCCGAAGCAGAUUUGGACCAGGUUGGCCCCGUGUGUGUGUGUGUGUGUGUGUGUGUGUGUGUGUGUGUGUGUGUGUGUGUCUUUCUCACCUACGCUGCCACAGUGCUUAUAGUUACUGGUCCCUCUCUCACACGCACGCGCUGCCUGCCAGAAUGAUGAGAUUGGAGGCGUGGGCGCUAGGGACUCCCUCCGCCUCCGGGAAGCGCUUCACGGUGGCCCACAGCUGGCAGCUCCUCCUUCAGCUGAAUCGCCCCGCUUCCCCUGGAAGGAUCGAUACUGUCCUCUUGUUCUCCCCACCCCACCCCACCCAGCUAAGCAAGCGCCGCCAUGCCGUGGGGGCCCAGCAGCAGCCCUAUGCCUCCCUACCGACGCCCCAAACAUUUGGAGGAGAUCGUAGCAAUUGUGAUUCAGUCCAAGGAAACCUUGCCUUGACUCUGCACGAAUUGUCUCCUUUUACAAACGAAACCAGUUGAAUAGAUGGAGACGGAAGCUGGCUUGGCCAGAAUCCUGGACCCAACCCUUGCGGGGGGGGGGGGGAACCACACACACCAAACCCUGCACUUUCAGACGGCUCUGGGCGGAAUGGUUUGCAUAUCUAGGGAAAGCCAAGAGCAGGCCUGAGAGGUGGCACAGAUCUGAGGUCUGGCAUAGGGAGGUGUGUGCGCUUGCUUGCUUGCCUGCCUGCCCCUGGGGGUGGGGGGAGGCUCCUCUCCCCCCCACACUUGCACUUGUAGACUCCGGGGGCGGCUGCUCGCCUCUAGGCUUAAGGAGACCCCGUCAUCUCUCCGUCCCACCCACCCCCAGGACUCUCGCACAUCUUGUUCCACUGCUGCAAGCCCCCCGUCCUCUUCUGUGUUCCUGCUCUACCUGUUCUGUGCAUGAUAGGGGCCUUGCUUGAUGCUCUCUUUCAUAGGCAGCACCAAGCCCUGCCUGUUGGUCAUGGCUUGCACAUACCACGUUGCUAAGCCCCUGGAAUUGUGUUUGCUAAGAAAGCCACAAAAGCCUGGCCCAGGUGGCCCUUGGAUUCUCACCCAUCACCACCACCGGAAGAGAGAUUCCUUCUAGAUGCUGUGGCGGUUGGAGUGCAGCCUGGGGUGGGGUGGGGGGCUUUGAAGUUGCCUACCCCUGUUGUGGAGGGAAGUCUCCAUCCUACCCCCACCCCCAGUUUCCCAUCGGCAGUGAAGAGCAUGUGGGAGGCCUCUGAGGUGCAAGGCGCUGAAGCUGCCAUGGGACGGAUCCGUCAGAGGGGGAGAGGGCGUGGGCGGAGGCAGGAAGUCCGUGGCCCCAGGCCUCCGAAGGAAUCGCUACUGCUUUGCCCCCAUGGCCCUGGGCCAGAUGCCUUGUCCCUCUAGGGCAGCCACACCAGGCCCACCGCACCUUCUUCUAGGCCGUGUCUUGUUCAUAGCAAUACGGUGGUCGGGGGCCACUUGCCGGGGAGCCCACGGCUAGCCCCUCCCUCGCCCCUCUUGCGCUGUGACCGUCGUCCUGUCUCGUGCCUCGUGCUUCCUUGCUCAGCUCUCUGGCUUGCGUGGUGCCUGCUGAAGCCCACCUGCUUCUCUGCCUGCUCCUCUGGCCACAACCUGCUCAUUUCCUGCUCCAGACACACCGCUGCGCCACCGUCUCUAGCAGUCCGGGAUGCCCACCGUGGGCAUGUGUUCGUGCCCAGGGGGCGGGAUGGGCCUGCUCUCUUUGUCCUCCUUUUUUGGGGUUGGUGGGGGUGGGAGAGAGUCCUCCCCCUGCCACCCGUGCAUUUUGUACCAUUCUAUAAAUAUAUAUAUAUAUAAAUAUAAAUAUAUAAAUACAAUAUGUGAAGACAUCUUAUUGGUUUUUAUUUUGAAAUGAUUUCUAGGCUUGUUUUUUGGGUAUCUGUGCUGCCUGUAACGUAUUGAUUGACCUGUUUUAUAGGUGCCUUUUUAUUAA